ACAACAUGUCUGGGGCAAAAUGUGUGCGUAGAUAAAACAAAGGCAGAUGAAGAUUUAAUACAGAUUAAAAUAAAUUUACUGCACAGAAGAAUUAAGGAAUAUAUUCAACAUAAUUGGUGACCAGAAAUCCAAAUGAAAUUAAAAACGCAUUGUAUACUCUAGUAUAUCGCUCACUUCUCUCUGAUGGGUUUGUACCAGACUUCAGUCCAACCAGCUGAAGAUGUCCAAAAAACCCCGGGGAACUUUAAAUGUACCAUCACUUCUGAACUCACAACUUCUGUGACCCAGACAAAUACAAUUGUGGCAGGGACCACAAACAAUGGCACGACAAACGUUACAACAAGCAAUCCAAAUCCAUCGGUAACAAAUGGCAAGACAGGCUCAACACAUCUCGUGGAACUAUCAACUACAACUGAAGUGUCAAGCAGAUCUUCAGUGGCAAAUACUUCCUCAAUUACACCAUCUAUACAAAGUGAAAACUCCACAGCUGAAAUAACCAUCUCUGUCAGGACUGAAACAACAGUUAAUACAAGCACUGGUGAUAAUUCAACAUCUUUCUCUGUGACAUCCAAUGGACAGAGCAUGUACUCUACAACAACAUCCAGUGGGAAGGAAUUAGAAGCUCCUGGAUCUGAGGCACAGCCAACCCCAACUCCUGCUACAAGUGGAACCAGCUCGUUGUCUGUACUAGCCUUUGCUGUGAUCAUCCUGAUCCUAAUCCUUGUAAUAGUUGUGGUGAUCCUCGUCAGUGUGAUCAGUCUGAGGUUUAAAUGUUGUGAUUGCCAGGAAACACCACAAGACACAAGUAAGGCACGGAAUGAAGCACCAUCAGAAAGCUCUCAUGCUAAUGGCGAAAAAGAAAGCAUCACUUUGGUUUCUAUGCGAAGUCUAUACACUGAAGCUGGAGGACAAGAAUCAUCAAUGCAGAUGUAUCUUCAAAAUGAGUCCACUGAAGUUAAUGAGAUGACAAACAAUUUCAGCAAAUAGAUGAUACAAAGCUGGUGUAAAAGAACAACUGAAGUCAAUGUUGUAGAUAUGUACAAAAUAGAGGAACAUGGAAAACUUUGUUCUCAUCUUACCUAGUAGGACAUGGUUCUAUCGAACACUUUUAAUAAAGCAACUUCUGAAAAA